AUGUUGGAGCCAUCAUCGUCGGAAGACGAGGGUGGAGAUGAGGGAACCGUCGAAGAUGUCUCCGAGCCGCCGACGGUCCGGGUGUCAUCUUCGGUGACUACGCUAGAGUUCCCAUCUUCGGGCAUCACGACCCGUUCAAUAUCGCCGGCUGCGACAGACUCAAUAUCGUCGGUGUCGUGCGCCAGCGGGUUGCCCGCAGUUCCGCAGCAGAGAUCCAACAGCCUGAGGCCCACAAGCCCCGCACCCGUCACGCUGCUUCAAGAACAAGCCAAGGUUGCUCAGCAACAGCCCCCUCCACCGGGGGGGCAGGCGUUACCUGUCGAAGAAACCGAUCUCGCUCCGCAGAACGAAGAAGAGGAACGCCGCAAGAGGCUACAGCUGUACGUUUUCAUCCUGCGAUGCGUCGCAUACCCGUUCAACGCGAAGCAGAACACAGAUAUGGCGCGACGGCAGAUGCGAAUAACGAAAGAACAACUCGAAACUCUACAGAAGCGAUUUCACGCGUUCCUCAAAGGCGAAACCACCAUCGCUGCCGACGAAGCAUUCCAAAAUGCCGUACAAAGCUAUACUGAGGUGUUUCUCAAAAGUGACAGAGUUGCGAUGAUGGUUGUUAGUGGGGCCUGCUCUCAGCAUGACUUCAGAGAAGUUUUUCGAAAUAACAUCGAGAAAAGAGUUAGAUCGCUUCCUGAAAUCGACGGCCUUAGCAAAGAAACGGUCUUGACCUCAUGGAUGACGAAAUUCGACGCCAUUUUUCGAGGUGAUGAAGACGCUCGAAAAACACAAAGCCGACUGCAGCAGCAGAAUUUGGUCUCCGAGAUGGUUCUCAGCAAGGAGCAGCUCUACGAUAUGUUCCAGAACAUUUUGAAUAUUAAGAAGUUCGAGCAUCAACUUUUGUACAACGCUUUACAACUCGACUCAGCGGACGAACAGGCCGCUGCUAUAAGACGCGAACUCGAUGGCCGGGUUCAGAAAAUCAACGAAAUGGAGAAGAAUCGGAAGCUCCUACCGAAAUUUGUUGUCAAAGAAAUGGAAUUACUUUUUGUUGAAGAAAUGCGAUCGUCGAUCAACUUGCUGAUGGCCAACCUCGAAGGUUUGCCCGUCACAAAGGGCAGUGCGGACUCGAAGUACGGUCUGCAGAAGCUUAGGCGCUACAACCAUAGAAGUCAAGCACCCCUGAACAAGGAGGGCCUUGUAAGCGAGGACUCAGAGCCGACGUUAUCCAAGUUUGACAUCGUGCUUAAUUUUAACUUAGAGGUCAUUGUCACCGAAGUUAAAGGAUUAAAGUCUCUUGCACCCAACCGGAUCGUCUACUGUACGAUGGAAGUAGAGGGCGGGGAAAAACUGCAAACGGACAUGGCGGAAGCUGCCAAGCCCAUGUGGGACACCCAGGGCGACUUCACCACUUCACACCUUCCCAUUGUUAAGGUCAAGUUAUACACUGAGAGCCCUGGAUUGCUCUCUUUGGAUGACAAGGAGUUAGGAAAAGUGCAAAUUCGCCCGACGCCCAUGGGUGGGAAAUGUGGCGCCGACUGGUACCGGAUGCAAGCCCCAAAGAACGCCCAAGAUCAAGAUCUCCAGAUCCGGAUUACGAUACGUAUGGAGAGGCCGCAGAACAUGAAACACGCAGGCUACUUAUUCGCGCAAGGAAGAAACGUCUGGAAAAAAUGGAAGAAGCGAUAUUUUGUACUCGUCCAAGUUUCUCAGUACACUUUUGCCAUGUGCUCCUUUCGAGAGAAGAGCUCGUCACCGAACGAACUGAUGCAGUUGGAUGGCUACACGGUGGACUACACUCCAGAGGAAGCGACGCCGCCCGGUGAAGGGGGAAGAUUUUUCUUCAAUGCGGUACGUGAAGGUGACGCAGUGGCUUUCGCCUCCGUGGAGGAGGCCGAUUGCCACCUUUGGGUCCAAGCACUUUAUCGUGCGACUGGUCAAGCCCAUAAGCCAAGCCCACCCACGCAUACCUCGCAGCCCCAAGCCACCCGCAACUCACAGAUUUCGAGAAUGCAAGGUGAUACGGAACGGGCGCGUCGCCAUGGCAUGGAGGAGUUCAUCUCGGCUGACCCCAACCGCUUCGACCACCACUCUCUGUUUCGACACCUGCAAACACUCACCCUGGACUACCGGCUGCAAGAUCCGUACUGUUCGCUGGGUUGGUUCAGUCCGGGACAAAUAUUCGUCCUGGACGAAUAUACCGCUCGCUACAUGGUGAGAUCAUGCUAUCGUCACCUGUGCUACCUGAGCGACCUCUUAGAUCGUGCCGAGAGAGGGGUCAUGAUCGACCCAACGCUCAUCCACUACUCAUUCGCCUUUUGUUCCUCGCAUGUACAUGGCAAUAGCGUUGCGCCUCCCGGGACGGUGGUUACUGAUUUCAGGGAAGCAGUAAUGGCAAUUGAGGAAAAACCAGAACAGGCUGCGCCAAGCACCGAACCCGAAUUCAAGCCCGAUGGCAUAGGAACUGUCACAGUCGAGGAGAAGGACCUGUUCAACAACAUUAAGGACAGACUCAAAAUCCUCCUCGAGCACCAGAUUACACACUUCAGGUACUGCUUCCCGUUCGGACGUCCUGAGGGCUCUUUGAAGGCGGCGCUCUCUCUGCUGGAACGUGUCCUGAUGCGGGAUGUUAUGACGCCCGCACCGCCCGAGGAAGUUCGUGGAAUCAUUAAGAAGUGCCUCGAAAGCGCCGCCCUGGUAAACUACACCCGAAUUUCGGAGCAGGCGCGAUCCACGCCCAAGAGCGACGGGUCUGGGCAUGACUCGUCGCUCCGAUCACAUGAUGAAUAUGCUAUAAUGGACUCAGGCCAAGCUCCCAGCAAGAGGUUGGAGGACCUGAUUCAUCUGGCAGAGCUGUGCGUCGACCUUCUGCAGCAGAAUAAUGAGCACUACGCUGAGACUUUCCGUUCGGUGAGUGCAUUCGCGUGGUUCAGUGAUCUAUUGGUAGAACACGCCGAGAUUUUCUGGUCCUUAUUUGCCGUGGAUAUGGAUGUAGUGUUGGAGGACCAACCCACUGAUACCUGGGACUCUUUCCCCCUCUUCCAGGUGAGUUCUAAUCUUUUUAUAGCCAG